AUGCUCUCAAGCAGCGCCUUUGAUGAUCUUCACCACUUUCACGAGCAAGCUUGCAUACUCUAUGAACCAAACUCUCAAUGGUAUGCGUGUAAGUGCCAGCUGUCUGUUCAAAGAUUGGGAGCAUGGGCAGAAUUACCAAAUGAAGAUAUAGAGGCACAUUUCACUAUUGAUAAUGAAGGGGCAGAAUUGCCAAAUGAAGAUAUAGGGGCACAUGUGACAAUUGAUAAUGAAGGGGCAGAAUUGCCAAAUGAAGAUAUAGGGGCACAUGUGACAAUUGAUAAUGAAGGGGCAGAAUUGCCAAAUGAAGAUGAAGAUGCAGAUUCAAAAAUUAAAGACAGUGACUAUGAGUUCAGUGAAAAUGAGGCAGAGGAUAGGCCAACUGUUGGAGAGAAUGUAGCAGAUGAGGGGACUAGUCAUGGUGCUCCAGGAGAAGUGUCAUCAGAUGGUGCUGACACGUCAGAAUUUGACAGUGGAAGUGAGACUGAUUCUAAGGGUAAUGAUAGAAAAAAGAUAAAACUGCCAAAGUUUAAGCAGUAUAGAAGAGAUGUGGACUUGAAAAAUCCCGAGUUUAGAUUGGGAAUGAAGUUUGCAAACAAAAAACUUCUGAUAGAGGCUAUCAAGGAGCUUGCAAUUAUAGAGGGUAGGAAAGUGAAAUUGAAAAAAACGGACAACAGACGAGUUCAGGCUAAAUGUGUGAAAGGGUGUUCUUUCCAGGUAUAUGGAUCAAAGAUUAAUAGAGAGGAAGAGACAUUUGCUAUAAAAACUUUGAGCCUAGAACAUCAAUGUGGAAGAGUGGACAAGCUUAGGCAUACUACAUCAAAAUGGCUUUGUGACAGAUAUGCAAACAAGCUGAGGCGCAACUCAGACUUUGAUAUGAAAUCAUUUCAACAAGAUGUGUUGGAAGAUUACAAAAUUAAUGUCACCAAACUUCAAGUUUGUAGGGCAAAGAAGCUAGCCAGAGAUUUAAAUGAAGGUACUUUCAAAGAACAAUAUGCUAGAUUGUGGGAUUAUGCAGAAGAAUUAAAAACUGCAAACAAGGGGCCUUAUCCUGGACAGAUCUUGAUGGCUGUUGGGGUGGAUGGGAACAAUGGUUAUUUCCCAGUAGCUUAUGCAGUGGUUGAUAUUGAGAGUAAAAACUCUUGGAUUUGGUUUUUCAAUCUUCUUAUUGAAGAUUUAGGGAUUACAAAUGGACAAGCUUGGGUAGUGAUUAUUGACAAACAAAAGGGACUUCUACCUGCCAUUGAGAGAGUACUUCCAUCUGUAGAGCACAGGAUGUGUAUGAGACACUUGUACAGUAACUUUAAGGCAUCACAUAUUGGUCUUGCUUUGAAACAUAUAUUAUGGGCUGCAGCAAGAGCUACAACUGUGCCUUGGUGGGAGGCAGAAAUGGAGAAGAUGAAAAAUGAGGAUGAGGAAGCAUGGAAGUGGUUGAAGUAG